AUGAUGGUCUGUGGGUUGCUACUUUGUACUGUCACUUGUCAAUCCAACCAUACUCCAGUCGUCCAUUUCUACGUCUCUCCCACUCUCGGAAGCGAUUCCAACCCAGGAAAUUCUUCAUCCUUUCCUUUUGCCACUCUCUCCAAAACAGCCAAUAUCAUCACGACUCUUAAGAACACCAUCUCCACCACCAACACUUCAUUCAUUGUCAAUUUAAUGCCUGGAACUUUUAUAUUAAAUUCAACAUUGACCAUUCCACGUCCGACACGGUUGAACGAUGUUCAGUAUUCCACAGUCGAAUGGAGAGCUCUCCCUGGUUCCAAAUUAGGAGAUGUCAAAAUUCGUGGUGAUGUUCCAUUACCAAUUUCGUUGUGGCAAGUUGUGAAUGUGAAUACCAAUUCAUGGGCUCAUCAAAUGUUGCCAUCGAAUGCAAAAGGAAAUGUCUUACAAUGCAAUUUGACUCUUGCUGGAUUUAAAUCUUCACAAAUCGUUCCAUUUCGAAAAACUGGAUUUUCUUAUGGAAAUGUCGAUGUUGGAAAUGAAUUGUUUAUUAGAGGACAUGCUCAAACAGUGGCAAGAUAUCCCAACAAGUUGACCACUCAAUAUGUACAACAAGACGUGAAUUCUCAAAUGAUGGUGGAUGUGUAUAUGAAUGUGGGAAUGACCAAUGGAACGAAUGAAAUGAGUUUUAAUAGUACCUUGUGUCCGAAUAGGGAUUGUUGGUCCAUGGAGAAGUAUCCAUUUGCAUUUGGAUAUUGGUAUUAUGAUUGGGCAGGUGGAGUCGAAGAUAUUUCCUCCAUUACAAGUAAUGGAAAUGUUGUUUUCAAAUCUACCAAAGUUGGUUACGGAAUCAAAAGUAAUCAACGAUUCUUCUUGGUCAACUUUAUAAGUGAACUCGACCAACCAGGUGAAUACGUGAUUAUUGAUGACACUGUGUAUUAUUGGCCAUUAUCACCUCUUCAACAAGACGAUGAUGUUAUGAUUUCAGUUGCAGAUACUUUAAUUUCCAUUUCUGCGAAUGCACAAAUUUUUGACAGUUUGGAUUUUUCCAUGACACGAGGAAGUGCCAUCGUUUCAACUUCCAACUCAAACAUUGUUGUUAAAAAUUGUCGAGUGACAUGUACAGGAAAUUACGGAUUAAGACUUUCUAGUUGUUCCAAUUGUCAAAUUCUCAGUAAUACCAUUUCUGAAGUUGGACAAGGUGGAAUUUCCAUCAGUGGAGGCGAUCGAAAAACUCUUACUCCUUCCAAUUCGUUAGUUGCCAAUAAUACCAUAUUUGAUUUUUCCAGAAUUGGUAAAACAUAUCGUGCAGCUGUCAAUUUCAAUGGAGUGACAGUGACAGUGACACAUAAUGAGUUGUUCAAUGCAGAUCAUACGGCCAUUUUAUGGGGAGGAAAUAAUCAUGAAAUUUCGUUUAACAAAAUUUAUGAUGUUUGUAAAUCGACAGCAGAUGCUGGAGCCAUUUACAGUGGUCGUGAUUGGACCAUGCGAGAUAAUGUCAUCAAACAUAAUUUCCUCUUUCGUGUUCAAGGACCAGGUCUCUACGGAACCAGUUGCAUCUAUCUAGAUGACAUGUUCUCUUCAGCUACCGUUUUUGGAAAUGUCAUGUUCCAAUGUUAUCGAGGACUUUUAUUGGGCGGUGGCAGAAACAACAUGGUCAUGAAUAAUAUUUUCAUCAAUUCUACAUACAGUAUGGCUGUAGACGAUCGUGGAUUAGUGUGGGCUGACAGUAAGGAAAUUAUGGCAAAUUUAUUGACCAUGCCCUACAACAACUCGGUGUGGAGUGCAGCGUAUCCAGAGUUGACUCACAUUUUGGAUGAGAAUCCAAUGGCACCUGUUGGAAAUAAGGUUCAAUGGAAUUUAGUGACCACUUCUGCCACGAAAACACAAAUUUCACAACCCAACAUUCGAAUUUAUUCCAUCUAUGCCAAUAAUACCUUUGAUGUUCCUUUGUCGGUAUUUGUGGAUCCCUCGAAUAUGAAUUUCAAUCUCGUCUCUGGAAAUAUCUAUGAGAAUAAUAUGAAUUUGUAUAAUUUUACAAAGAUUCCAUUUCAUGACAUUGGUUUGUUAAAAUAUGUGCCUCCUCCUUCUCCUCCGAGUGUGAAUUCUGUUGUUAGACCUCGAGUGAGUAAUUCAACCAGAUCUGUUUCAUUGACAACAACAACAUUAGGAAGAAGUUGUAGCAUGUUCAUUUUAAUGAUGAAUAUUGUUGUGAUGAUUGGUGUGAUAUUAUUCAUGUAA